AUGGUUGCCGACACACUCACUUACCACCCUACACUGGCCCACUACCUUCGCUUCGUGGCCACAACCGUCGGCCGCGACAAGGCCCUCCGUCUGGUCCAGUACAUGGCCCGAUUUCUCAGCUGGUACCUCCUCCGCAAGGGCUACGCCGCCUCCUCGAUCGCGCCGUGGGAUGCCAUCAAGAAGACCUUUGGCCAGGCACGAAAGGCCAUGCGUAUCGGCAAGAACGUCGAGCACAUGAAAGCCGCGAGCGAGGCCCUCGACUCAAAGACGCUAACACCGGUCGCUAAAUACUUGACCGCAUUGCGCCAAAUCGGUUACGCGGGGUACCUCACCCUCGACACCGUCGGUUUCUUCGCGUCGACAAAGAUCAUCACUAUGUCGCCCAUCACGCAAGCGCGCUUAAACCGCAAUGCGCAGAAGCUGUGGAUGACGGGAAUCGCCGCUAGCAUCGUGCACUCGCUGUACCAGUUGCAAGCCAUGCAGGAGCGCGAGAGCCGCAUCAUCAAGACCGUGGCGAACGGUAAACUCGAGGGAGAGAAGAUCCGCAAGGAUCGCGCGAAGCUACAAACUCAGUUGCUGCAGGACAGCUGCGACAUCAUCCUCCCCGCUACUGGGCUGGGACUCACCGGCUUCGACGAGGGCGUCGUCGGUGUUGCUGGUGCCAUCAGCAGUUACUUGGGCCUCAAGGCGGCAUGGCAAAAGACCGCGUAG